CCGAAACGACCACUGGGGUGUCGGUUCACAGAGAAGGAGAGGAGCUGUGAAUCGCUUCGGCCGCGGCCGUUGCCUAGGUCCAUCGAUCGCUGUCGCUCGAUUUGUCCUUGUUAUUACUCUCUAGUACUUCUACUUAGUCCUCCUUGCCUACAAUCAAAGUUCCAACACGUAAAUAAAAGAGCUUGCGUCUGAAGAUUGCUCAUAUUUAACGUCGCAGUCAACGAACAUGGCAAUGAAGUUCAAUUGUGUUUCUUUUUCUAGUUGGUGCCAUACAAGGUAACGCGGCGGUUGAAUUCAAGGUUGUGACUUGUAGUUUCUGAAAGGAUGUCGUGUAGCCAGUCGUUAUUGACUGGCUACAACUGCUUCGGUGAAGACAUUAGCGAGGCAGCGUCCCAUCUUGCAUUUGCAGAAGGCGUGUUGCUUGCGCGAUCAGGUAUCCAGCAUAGCAGUAAGCUGACUGCUAGUGACGUGCUAAAUCGUGGACGUGGAGAAACUACUGGUACGAGCGAAAAUGCAACUUCGUCAUCCGGCAACAAUGUGACGACGAGCGAGAUCCCGUUGCAAACCUUGCAUUAUCUUCGUGCGGCGAAGCGCGUCGUAGACGUCUAUAAUAACGUCGUGACACGAUUCUUGGUGCAGUAUGUGGGACAGCUACUGCCGUUUCGACUUUUUACCGCUUUUUUCGUCGACCUGCCUCUCCACUCUGCGCGACUCAGUUUGUCUUUAACAAGACGGACAGCGGCAGAAGAGCUCGGUGGCACGUCCGAACGCGUGCAAAGCGCAUUAGCGAUGGCUGAAGAGUACUUGCGCAGACUCGAUAGUGUGGAUCCGACCUCGGAAAUACAGGCUGUUUUUCGACCGUCGAGGAGUGUUUCGUCAAGCAGUUCUUCUGGCGCAGACGAUCCAUCGUCAUUAGACGAUGGUCCGACCUUGCGCAUUUCGAGUAAGCGGUACGGCAACAUCGGAUCCGGGAGUUACUUGCGGUGGCAGCACCCCAGAGGCAUGUGGCAUGAGUUCUUCGGGACGAUGGACGUGGUUGUGGCGACGUUGGAGCGACUCUUAGGGAGCUUUGUUCGAGCAUUGAUUCCUCCGAGACAUUUAUUCCGAGGAGCAGGCAGGGGGACGAGCGAUAAAAAUGUUAAUGUUAUUUAUCAGGAACAGCAGAUGUCCAUGUCCUCGACGGUGCAUUUAAAAACAACGGCUCUGUAUAGUCCGCAUGUUGUUGUACGAACUAAAAAGAUUUCGAGGCAGAGGAAUAGCAUUUCUCACUUUCUAUGACUACUUAUACGAACAUUAAUCAUGCCAUUCUGUGGCACUAACUAUUGCUUGAUGAUGUCUUUACAGAGUCCAGUUUCGGUUGUUCUCAAAAUGUCUUUGGGUGAGUGGGA